CGAUUUGAGCGGAACACACCGCACUUGAGCAUGCUGGUUGUCAGAUCUGUCAACAUAGACAAGUAGUUACUAUGUUUACAUGUGACCUACUUUUUUAACGAAAUGUUAACAUGACUAAUUACGCAUAUAGGUAAUCACUAGAACGUGAUUUAAUGCACCACUAUGUCAUGGAGGACAGCAUUGACAACGUGAAGAAUUGUCUUAGAGAUUUUCCCAAAGAAGCUCGAGAGCUUUAUCUGAAUGAAACGGUGCCAUAUCUGGAGAGGCCUCCAUCUGCACUGCAGUUCUAUCGCGAGUGGAUUGGUCCCAACAAACCAUGCAUCAUCCGCAAUGCAUUCGAUCACUGGCCAGCACUGUCCAAGUGGAAUCCAACUUACCUCAGGGAAGCUGUUGGCUCGAAGGUGAUCAGCGUAGCGGUUACCCCAAACGGAUAUGCUGAUGCAGUGCUUGGGGAUCGUUUUGUCAUGCCUGAGGAGCGGCAGAUGACGUUCUCGUCAUUGCUGGAUGUGAUUGAGGGGAAAGUGAAGAGCGGUGGUGUGUUCUAUGUGCAGAAGCAGUGCUCCAACCUCACAGAGGAACUGCCAGAACUCACUGAAGACAUAGAACCUCACAUUCCCUGGAUGAGUGAAGCUCUAGGGAAGUCACCCGAUGCUGUGAAUUUCUGGUUGGGAGAGUCCCGUGCCGUCACUUCAAUGCACAAAGAUCACUACGAGAACCUGUACUGUGUCGUGUCUGGAGAGAAGCACUUCAUUCUCCUGCCUCCCUCCGACCGGCCCUUCAUACCUUAUGAGCUCUACCAGCCCGCAGUGUACAGCCUGAAAGAGGAUGGCAGCUUUGAAGUGGUGGAUGAGGACAACUCUGAGAAGGUCCCCUGGAUCCCCCUGGACCCCUUGAAGCCAGACCUGGAGAAGUACCCCUCCUACAGACUGGCCAAGCCUCUGCACUGCACAGUGAGAGCUGGAGAGAUGCUCUACCUGCCCUCUCUCUGGUUCCACCACGUACGCCAGUCUCACGGAUGCAUUGCGGUGAACUUCUGGUAUGACAUGGAGUACGACAUUAAGUACAACUACUUCAGACUCCUGGAGUCAGUGGCGGGGGCUGUGGGCCCAUUAUGACAUCACACGGGACACAGUUCCAAGAUCUAAUCGGAGUUCAGCUCCUUCCAGCGGCAGCGAGACGUGCAUGGAAAUUUUGACUGGGUGCAGUGCAACAACACAGAUAUUUCCACAGUCGACCCACCAAUCAGUGGCAUUGUCUUGGGCAUUUGAUGCUUGAAACGGUGCUUGCCCAAGGCAGUCCAGCUUGACAAGGCUUUGUCACUGGUGGUCCAAAUGUUUUUUAAAGGAAAGGGUGUAAUGCCAAACAGAGGAAAUCUGUUACACUAAAAACCAUUGGAUCAUUGCAUUACAUCAGCCUCCCUACCACUGCCAGGGAACUCUUCAGGGUGUGGGUGGGGUUCAGGGAAAAUUACCCGUUUUCAGCUGCAGUAAAACAUUCUCUUCAACACAACCCCACCCAUCACAAUAAAUAAAGUGCAACACACACGCUUGAGUGUAGGGUGUAAUAAAUACCGUUUUUAUUCGA